AGAGGAGAAGGCGGGAGUUAUUGAAACAAUGAAGUGACUGAGCAGGAAGGAUCGGAUUAAUUCCUGCCCGGCCGAAUUCUAAAGGGAUUAAUGACAGCAAUCAAGGGUUCCUGUCACGUACACAGAUUUCAGAUAUGCCUUGGGGUGUCAGAGGUGGAGGUAAGGAUGGGUGGUGAUGGGCUCAGCAGGGCGCCUUCCUGAGGUGUCCUGGGUUUCCUUUUGGAGGAGAUAUGACAAUGUUUGCCUUGAGGGCGAAUCACCUUUAGGUCCAAAUACUCCGAAUUCGGCGACUCAAGCCCUAUAUUGUCCAUGCAAUCUGAAUCUGAUUAGGUUAAGCGGCAGCGGAUUAACCUUUUGUUUUUGGGAAGGUAAGCCUGGGUCAUAGAAAAUGGGGCAGGUCCUGGGGUUCAAGUUGAGUUCGAAAUAUUCCCUAUCUUAUUUCAUGACUUGGCAAUUAUAUGAAAUAAAAUGAAAAAUAAAAUAAAGUUGGAAUAUAAACCCAGCUGGGAAAAAUACAUAUUUUCCGGGGAUCCCAAAGAGUACAAAUACAUAUAGGCAGAUAGAUAGAUUUCAAGGAAGUAAGGGAGAAUCCAUAGAGGUGGGUUACAUUGCAUGAAGGGGAAUCAUGAAUGAUAUAAACAAUUUGAAAACAUUUGAUAAGAACGAAGUUCACAACAUCUGGGGAACCCAAUAUGGAAAUUCAUAAAAGUGGAGUUUUAGCAGCAUGAUCUCACAAUUCAUGAAGUUAGCCCAACGAUUAGAAAUUCAUACAACAGUGAUUCAUGAGGGUGUCCAGGUACAUAGAAUAUGAAAAUUCACGGAUACAUGAGGAAAAGAGUUCAUCUGUGGUGGAAGGAAUUCAUAGAGAUGGCAUGGGGAAGGGGCACAUGUGGGUUGCAGUCUUUGGAAGUAUAAGAUUUCAUAAGUCCAGGGAUAGGUCUGGGGAAGAGUGUUCUUCUCCUUCAUAAAAUUAUGAAGGUAUGAAUGAAACGUGGAGGGCGCCCGUCCAGGCACCCUCCUGGCAGGCUGUAGAGAGGGCGAAGGUCCUUGGAGAACUAUGUCUCCCCAGUGGGAGAGCGAUCCCCCCAUCCCCAGUUCACAGAAAGGGACCAGGGAUCUCCUAAAACCAUCCCGCGGGUCGCGGAGAGAGGAAAGUCCGGGAUAAGGCUGGAAGAGAGCAGUCUGGCUUGAAAGGAGCAGCCGGCUCCGUUUGACAGUCAGCUGAUGAGGUGCCGAGAACUGGACCGAUUGUGGUUCCGUUGGUGGUCCUUGAGUCAGGAGCCUUAAAAAGGAUUAGGACUAAAAGAAGAGCGUGCUAGGGGUAAUUUUGAUAAAGAUAUGAGCCAAUUUGUAUCGUCCGCGGUAUUAACCUAUGGCGGGGAAGCCUCCGCCAGGGUUUAAAGAUCAGACGGGUUAGUGAGAGAGAGAGAGGGAGAAAUUGCAUGCAAAGGAAGGAGUCAGAGAAAGACACAAAAUAACCAGAUAGAGAGUGUUACUGUUAAAAUAAAUGCUACUUUUAUUGGGGGGUUUGUUACAUAGUUCAGGGAAGGGGAAAGUGAGAAAAAAAGAUCUUUUAAUAAUAGUCUGCUGCGGUCCCGCUCCGUUCCUUUUGGUGAUGGAUCUGCGGAACUCUCCGCUGUGGGUUCAAAUCAAUUUGAAAGCCGGGGUGACGGUCAUCAGAACCACUGCUCCAGAUCAAAUUUGUCAAGGCUUUAACAUGCCAAGUGACUCUUGGUAGUUUUAUUGGUUGUUGUUAUUGUCUUGGUUCUACCCAGAAAUAGCCCAGCUCAGGUUGUCUGGAGUCUGAGGCCAAAAAGAGCCUUCCAACAUGCUUCUCUGCCCUUUGUUUAUUUGUGUGCCUGCAUGGAAAACGCUGCCACUUUCCCCUUUAAGUGAAGUUUUCUUCUUUGUCUGGUAGCUAUUUUAGUACAAGCCCAAACAUGUACGUGGUCUGUGCAAACCUCCAAAUGGAGUCAGACCUGGCCCCACUCUCUUAUCUGCUGGGCAGGAAAAGGCUCAACUGCUUUCCUGCUUCUUGAUCAGGCAGUGACUUGUUGUGCAAUAUCUGAGGAGUGUGGACCAUUCUAACUUGCCUGGAGUGAAUGAGGAAGGGGUAUUCUGAUCACCUGCAUCACCUUUACUGUGAGCAUCAUGGCCAUAGUGCAAACCCUACCUGUCUCUAUUGAGUCUGCCUCGGAAGGGGCUGCCCAGCUCCACAACAGUGCCUGCCCCUCUCCUAUAGCCAUGGGCAGCGUGAGCAGCCUCAUCUCAGGCCGGCCUUGCCACAAGGCCACACCGGAGUUUGGCCCUUUCCGUCUGCCUGGUGGUGCUGGUUCUCAAGAGCCGUUGUGCCAUGGACUUCCCACCAAGAAGAACAGCUUCGCUUAUGCUAGUGAAGAGGAUUGGGCUGAAGUCGUGUCUCCAAUCAGCCCCUGCAGUGAUGCAGAUGAGCUGCAGGAUGAGAAGCCCCGGGUUGGCACUAUUCGUGGACCACCGCCCAAGUUGGUGCCUGUCUCAGGGAAGCUUGAGAAGAACAUAGAGAAGACACUGAUCCGCCCAACAGCUUUCAAACCAGUCAUGCCCAAGAACCGCAAUCCCCCACUGCAGGGACACCUGGCACUGCGUCCUGGUGGUACUGCGGUGUUAUCUGAGAGUCAAGCUAGUUUUGCCCAGCUGUUUGGUGGCACCCAUGUGGGUAAUACAGAGAAGCACAGCUCCCUAAGCUGCCGUACCAGCUCCCACUCAGGAACCAUGUCAGAUUCUGGGCGCAACUCCCUCUCUAGCCUCCCCACAUACAGCACGGGGUGCAGUCAGCAAAUGGAACCAGUCAGCAUCUCCAUGGGCCACAUCAAUCUCGACAGCCAUGGCAGCAGCAGUUCCCGGGGUCUCACAGGUCCUUCAAACUCCGACAGUGGGCGAUCAUCCUCGAGCAAAAGUACAGGCUCCCUGAAUGGCCGUGGACAUCAUUCCUCUGAUAGUGGCUCCUGUGGUGGGCACUCACCCGUGCAUGGCAGUGGUGUUGAUGAAGCCCUGCUUGUUCAUGAGCUGGAGGAGAAGCUACGAGAACGUGAGGCUGAGUUGCAGCAUCUAAGAGAGAGCUUGGAUGAGAAUGAGGUGGCCAUAUGCCAGGUAUAUGAGGAAAAGCAGAGGCGUUGCGAGGAGGAGAUGGAGGGACUGCGACAGGGCUACACGGCCAAGCUCCAGCAGUCUGCUCAGAAAGCCCAGCGCAGCCAGCAAGUGCUGCAGCUCCAAAUCUUCCAACUGCAGCAGGAGAAGAAGAAACUCCAGGAGGAUUUCUCCCAGUUGUUGGCUGAACGUGAGCUACUGGAAAAACGCUGUGCCUCAUUUGAGCGGGAGCACACAGAGUUGGGCCCCCGCUUAGAAGAGACCAAAUGGGAGGUGUGCCAGAAAUCAGGUGAGAUCUCACUACUGAAACAACAGCUGAAGGAGUCCCAGUCAGAAGUGGCUCAGCGAAGCAAUGAAUUGAUACUCCUGAGAGCCCAGUUAAGGGAGGCACGGGCUGAGCUGCAGGCUAGCGAAGACCAGGCUCUAGGCUUGCAGGAAAUGGCCCGAACCAAGGCCUUAGAGCUUGAAGUGUGUGCCAAUGAGCUGGCCAGGCGCAAGAGCGAGGCCGAGCUGCUGCGCGAGAAGGUGGGGCGUUUGGAGCGCGAAUUUGAAGGACUGCGUAGCGCAAGCAGGGAUCUCUGCCCACUGCUGUCCGAGUGUGAUGAGGCGAAAGCCCAGCGACAGGCUGCGGAUACCUUGCAGGGAUUGCGUGCCCAGGCAGAGCGGCUGCGGGCAGAGCUGCUGUGUGAGCGGCGUCGUGGUGAGGAGCAACGGGAAGCUUUCCAGGCCGAGCGCAUCACCUGGCAGAGUGAAAAGGACAGAGUCAUCCGCUACCAGAAGCAGCUGCAACAUAACUAUAUCCAGAUGUAUCGGCACAAUCGUGACUUGGAGUGUCAGCUGCGGCACCUCAGCCUUGAACUCGAGGCCCGGGACCUGGAUGAAUACGAGAUGCAUGGGGGUGAAGGCAUCUGCUUUGAGGAGAUAGCUGCCACUGAGAUCUGAAUGUGCCUGGUGGAAGCCUGAGUGAAUGGGACCAACUCUGCCACAAAAGAAAUGUCACAAGGGGUUGGAGGGCACUCACUUGGGACUCCAUUUGACUGGAGAGGAUGAGUGAGUCCAGGACAGUGGUGGAGGAAGCUGCCUUGUGGGGAGGACAGCCAUGAAUCCCAGUGGGUAGUCCUUGUUCUCUUCCUUCACAUGAUUGGGGGAUCCAACAUGCGGCUUUCCCACCCAUUCACCCACCAGCUCAACAGAUGUCACUGCCAUUGAGGUUAGAUUAGGGUCUGAAGGUAGGCAGCUGGAGAUGUUCUUCAGGGCAGGGGACUAAUGGAUUUCCACCUGUGCUUUUCAGACCUGCCUUGGAGAAAGAAGGGAUCCUAACCUAUCCUAAAUCCUUCCUUCAGAAAAUAAGUGGGAGUGGCUUCUCUAUUAUCACCUUUGCUCUGGGUGCUUGGGACAUUUUGUCCUCAUAAAGGUCCCAGUGCCUUCCAAGUCCCAACACUAUUCAGACUCCUGCAAUAUGCUAUUGUUUGAAAGAAAUAGGUACUGAUUUUUCCCUCUCUCCCAAUUUUUCAGAACUGGGGAUGAGGCUGAAGCAUUGGGAUUGGAAAAGGUGGGUGCGAGCUUGGAAAACUACUUUUUGAGCUGCAAUUUUAUUGCCAUUGUGAGCAGGCUAAUGUGAAGAUUCUGGUUGUUGUAUUUCAAGAGAGUAAAGCUUCCAAAGAAAAAUCUGUCUAGUGGUGGUGGCAGGAGGGCAGAGUUUUCUUAGCAUUGUCUUCCUCCACUCCUUUGGCGACAUGACCCGAUUGGCCCUCAGCCACUAUUAGCUGGAAAUUAAGCUGAGUUGGCUAUGUUAGUAGCCAAUUAGUUGCUGAUCCACUUAGUGGAUGGGAGGGAAUUAGCAUUACCUGUUUUUAGGCAGUCUGGAGAAGCUUUUUUAAAAAAAUACACACACCAAAAGCAGCCAUGAUUCUCUUCUCUGACCUAUGACCCAUUCCUGAGCAGUGUGUACACUUUUUUUUUUUAAAGCAUGCACACAUCCAGAAAUUUGUGCCAAGGAAAGCUAAAUUCUGUAGACCUUCUAGGUUGGGCAGAUAAAAUAAAUUUGCACAUAUUUACUCUCUGCAUACUUCAUACUGGUGUGUAAGGGCAAGGCAAAGCCUUUGCAAAGCUGUGAUUAUCCACUCCCCCGAUCCUGCCUCUUACUUGCCCCUUGGAGGAUCUGCCCAGGUCUCUCUGACAUGGCUUGAGAUUAUUUUUGUAGCAGAGAAAGAAUGAGAAAUAGUAGUGACUAGUAUAAAGACCAAAAUUGAUUCUCAGGAUGCUGAAUGAUGGUCCCAAAUUCUAUUUUUUUUCUGUGCUUGUUUUGAAUUACAGAAUGCCCCAACCCUGAUUCUGUCUGACCCAAAGCAAUGUGGAAGAGCUGUGUAGAUACAUCUAGACCAGUGGUUCUCAACCUGUGGGUCCCCAGGUGUUUUGGCCUACAAGUCCCAGAAAUCCCAGCCAGUUUACCAGUUGUUAGGAUUUCUGGGAGUUAAAGGCCAAAACAUCUGGGGACCCACAGGUUGAGAAUCACUGAUCUAGGGUAUAUUUCCCCAAACUCGUGUCCUCCAGAUGUUUUGGACUAUCUCUUUUAUUAUCCUUCAACCAGGAUAGUCAUUGGCUAUGUUGACUGGAGAUGGUGCGAGUUGUAUUAGCCAUUUGGAAAAUUGCAGGAGCCUUUUUCAAAUGCAAACCUGAUGAACCCCUAUGCCAGAAGCUUUAGUUCUUCUAAGUAGCCUAAGUGUUAAUUACAUAGAAACAAGACCCAUUAGGCUCCAAGGAAUUGCUUCUAAGUAGACAUCCAUAGGAACGCAUUGUGAAAAGUCUGGGCCGCAGGGUGCACUCUAACCUGUACUUGUGCAGCUAGCUCAAGACAUUCCCCUAGUGACAGCUACUUCCAUGAUAGAAUCUUUGUAGACUUGGGGCACAUAUUUACUCCACUGUGCUCCUUUCCAUGACAGAGCAUUAGAACUUCACUGGUGUGGGUGCGCAUUUGUGUGUGCAAGGAUAGGGACUUCUGUUUCCUUAAGGCUGGAGAUGUCAUUGACCUAUGGACAUUGUCAGGGUCUGCCCAUUCUAUAGGUGGGGCUAAUAAGUGUUAUAGACCAAAGCAUCUCCGGCUGUGGUCUUAGAGGUCUCUGAUUCACCAUUUGAAGCUCUGAACUACUUGCUAGCCCCCAACCUCCCCCCACCCCCUCCAAUCCUUGCUACAAGGGGAUCUGAAAGGUCUUCCACAUUCCCUUAUUGGCAUUGGCUACUCCUGGUUGGGAUCCCUACUGAAUUGAGAGUGCCUUUCCCUUGGCCUGGAGAAAGCCUGGGCUUCUCUGUUUCCUCUGCCAUUGUGUGCCCAUCCAUAUCCUGCAGGCCUAAUACAGCCAGAGUUGGGACUACCUGCAGCACCUUUGUCACAGUUUUCCUGUUGCUUUCUGGAAGAGAACCCAUCUGGUUGUGUGUGUUGACUUCCUUUCUUCAUGAGGCUCCAUUUAUUGCUUUCAGAAGUACUUUUUUACGUGUCCGAGUUCCCCUUGAUCCCAUAGACUACUUAUAAAUUUGUGAUUUUAUUGCAGCUCUUCAGAAUAUAGAUGUUUCUGUAUUCAACCCAGCAGACCUUUUGGAGGGCCUACUGUUCAGCUGUACUACAAUUGACUUGAGGACAAAUGGAGGUUGGAAACUUUUUGCAGUUUUUAGAAUUCCCCAGUUGGUUGUGAGCUUCUGGAAGUGGGAGCCUGGAAAGAUAACUUUCCCUUGGGAAGAUAACCUUCCCAAGCUCUGUGAUAGAGUUGCUCCACCUGGUACAUUUUCAACAAACUUUCCGUUCUUGAUUUACUAACCCGUUUUGAAAGUGGAAGUAAUCUAGUAUGUGACUGGUCUAUCUCAGUUGCUUAUCCUUUGCCCUCGCUUUUAAGAGGUGAGCGAAUUUUCCACAGAUGGACUCCAUUCCUGAAAGCAGCUCUUCCAUUGCUGGAAAAUGGUGCCAACCCAGAUUUUUUUCUGAGAUUUUUAAGAAAUUACUAUUUGGGCUACAACUUCCAGAAUCCCUUAAACAGUGGUUGUGCUGGUGCUGGGAUUCUAGAAGGUACUUUUUCCAAGUUACCUUAAAGUCCUUUCAAGCUAUACUUUCCUUUUGAAAGGUACAGAAAGAGUGACAAAUAUUUUCACACCUUUGUUGUUGAGGUUCUUGUGUUUACACUAGUGAAGCAAAAUUUCGACUUUCCUUCUAAUAUUUUGGCAUGUGGAAAAGUCACUUUUCAGAGGAACUUGAUGGAGAGGGGUGAAUGAAGCAGGCAAAUAUCCUCAAAGGAGGGAAGGUCUCUGCUGGACAGAUAAGGGCCUUCUCUUCUGGCAUGUAUUUUUUAUUGCUAUGACACUGAAGGCAGAGCUAGCUUGGAUCAGGUGUAGUUGAACAAUGAGGAUUCGAAUAAAUUGAGUUUUGGGUCCAACCAAUGUGAGAAUAGUCAAAUUGCUAAGCAAAUGUAGCCUAGAUCUCCACACUGUCUUGCCUUGCACUGAUACCACUAAUCUGCUUCCUCUUGUUAAAAUGUGUUAUGCCCUGGCUGGUGUCAUUAGCACAUGUUGCAAUGCUUGUGUAAACUGAUCAGGGAUGUUUCUAGGAUGGCUCUUGCCAGGCUGCAGCCAAAGCUCAGUUGAGGUUCAGUAUCCCAGUUUAAGCCACUCUGGGAAUGACUGUACCAUUGCUAGACUUAGGACAACAUGCUCAUUUCCCAGACCUUGUUUAACCUUAGCUUCAGUUCCACCUGUUCUUUUGCAUGCAAAAUAGAUUACACUCAAGAUUUUGGGAAGGUUGCAUUUCAACUCUGGAUUACUGGCAGGGGGAGUUUAAUAAGCUUCCAUUCUCACAUGGAAGACUGUGUACUUCAAAAGAGGACGCACCUCAAGUGAACCCUCUUCUGCUGCCUAGUCCUUCUUGUCUAAUUGCCAUAGCUUUGGGAUGUGUAGGUAGGGAGGGUUGGUAAGGAGGACACACAUCACUAGACCAAAGGAAAAAACCUGGUGCAUGUCAUUUCUGUAAUUGUUGCUAACCUGGCCCUUUUCUCUAUAUCUCUCCUCUUCCACUCCUUUAGCACCAGUUUUGUGUUUUUUAAUUUUUUUUUACUUUAUUUCUGAAAUUGUAUAUUUUCCAAGUUGUGUAAAUUUCUUGUACAAACCAAAAGAAAAGUGUGAAUUAAAAAAAGGCAGAAGAAGA